AUGACUUCCACCGUUGCCUCUUCAACUGGUGGCUCUUCGAUCCCUCCUGAGCCGGCUGAGUUGCCGGAGUCAGUGGACAUGCCAGUGGUUGAUGGUGAUGAUGAGAUGUUGGCUUUGGAGAUGCAGGUCGAUGAGGACUUGGCAGCUAUCGUGGCCUCGGGAGCCCUUGAUGGUGAGCCCUUAGAUGAUGGUGAUGUUGGGGUAGUUGGUGAUGACCCAAAACCUUUAGAAUGCCCAGCACCGCCCAUUGUACCUUCGGCAGCCACAGCAAGCCCUUCCCCACCAGCAGCAAGCCCUGCCUCAGCCGCAGCAAGCCUUUCCCCAGCAGCAAGCCCUUCCUCAGCCAUAGCAAGCCAUUCCACAGCAAGACCAGGCACCCUUGACAAGCAUUCCCCAGCCACAGCAGGUAACCUUGCCAAUGCCUUGAUGGGUGGUGGUGGUGUGCUGACACCCAGUGCUUUGAGUACACCAGAACUAGAGGCUGAGGUAGAGAACACACUCAAAAGUAUGACGGAAGAAGAUAUGACAAAAAUGGUGAGUGAUGCCAAACAACACUUCGACUUCCAAAGCUAUGUUGAUGGGGUGAAUGAGGAGCUUGGGGAUCCUGUACCGGGUGAGGAGUCUUGGGAGUUUGGUGAGCAGGAGCCAUACUAUGAUGUGCUUGGCUUUGAGGUUUGGAAACGUGCUAGGGCAAACAUGAGGAAGGCUUUGGGAAUCCCAUCCCCUGCACAACCCACACCCCAAGCUUUGCCACCUCCGCAGCCCAAUGCCCCUGAAGCUACCAAGCCCAAUGCAGCUGUUGCUGCACCCCAUCCUGCGAAGCCUGAUGCAGCUGUUGCUGCACCCCAUCCUGCGAAGCCCGAUGCAGCUGUUGCUGCACCCCAUCCUGCGAACCCUGAUGCAGCUGUUGCUGCACCCCAUCCUGCGAAGCCCGAUGCAGCUGUUGCUGCACCCCAUCCUGCGAAGCCCGAUGCAGCUGUUGCUGCACCCCAUCCUCCGAAGCCUGAUGCAGCUGUUGCUGGAGCCCAUCCUCCCAAGGCUGGUGCAGCCAUGCCUCCCCCACCUGUGCCUGCGCCCAAGGCAUCACCCUCUCCAUCCCAGCUCAGUGCUGUUGUGGAUGGAGCAGCAGCAGAGACAGCAAAACAAGCCUUGCCCAACAGUGUCAGCAAUCGUGCGGAGUACAUGCAGUACUUGCGUGCGGCCAGGAACCCAAGCAAGAUGGUCAAAAGCUUGAUUCCUGUUUUCCAGGGCAACAAGCUAGAUCUGUUUCGAAUUUGGUUGGAGAAGGGGCAGGAUUUUCAACAGGUGGCGAUCGAGGUCAGGAGGAGGAAUGCGCAAAAGCAAACAGCAGCAGCAAAGGACAAGUGCAUGAGCAAGAAGGAUUUGGAAGCAAGUGGGAGGUACUCCGAACAGGACAUCCAAGAACUCAUCGCCAGGAAGACAGCCGCGGGUUUGUACAUCAAUGACCCCAACUUUCCCAACAGAGAGGACCUUCGCCAAUACAGGGUGAACAUGGAAGUUAGCCAUGAGGUCGCACACAGCAGGGAGGACACACAGGAAAUGGUGUCAAACACUUCCCUCAACACAACCGAAGCCUUGGCCCUGACAGAGGAAGGUGCUGACUUCUCGGGAAUCGCAGUACCCAGCCUGAACGAUGUUUUGGGGUUGGGAGGCAACAGUGUUGGUGGGGGUGGCAGUGGGGAAACGCCAGCUGCACCAGCAGGAAAGUCGAAAGCAAAGGCAAAAACAAAAGCCAAGGCCAAGGCGAAGCCUGGCGAUGACACCACCGACCCUCCCCCCGACAAACCGCAGUCACCUUUGGAUAAGGCUAUGGCCUUAAAGAAGAUUGUGUUGAAAGAGGCAGAAGAGGCCAGGACCCUGUGCAUCUCCAUCGAGGGCCUGGAGUGCGCUUCGGAGCUGCAGACGGCAUUGACCACCCAUAGUUCGGCAAUGACAAACCUGUACCGUGAGUUGCAUCAGCUUACAUCACAGGAAGUGAAUGACCAGUCGAAGUAUCAGGCCCACCUGCUAAGCGGCAGCGAACUGAUGAUCCUGGAAGCGAGUUGGCCCAUGCGCCUCAAGGGCGAGACGUUUCCAGCCACUGGUCCGGGAAAUAGGUUCUUGCCAACAAAGGAACUCCGGGUCAAAGCAAACAAGGCUAUCACACAGGUUGAACUUCCAAUACUCGCCCGGCUUAGCGAGCUUGGCGUCACCGAGCUCCCAGCGCUUCAGGGUGUUGAUGUGUUCAUUGCACCUCAGGGAGGGCUGCACUCGCGUGGUGACAAGAUCAUGAACCUGUUGGGUACCGGGUGCAAGCACCGCUCGUUGAUGCUUUGGGGAGUGGCAGACUUCUUGUGGGUCACUGAUCGCCCGUCUCUGCGUUUGGGUCAAGUUUUGCAAAAAAGAGCCUAUGAAUCUGGCAUGGCAUCCCUUACUGCUUACGCCAGCCUAUCAUCCAUGAACUUGGAGAAGGGCCGGGUCAACUACAAAGUUCGCCCCAAAUGGCACGCAUGGUGCCACAUAGUUUUCGAGUUCGACACCAGCGAUGAAAAUUGUAGGAACCAUAAAACACUGGCUGAAGAAGAUAUGCUUGGUAAAAUAACCAAGAUAGCCAGUGCUGCUCAUGGUGCCACAGUGGCAAAACGAUUCUUUCAAAGAUUCAGUUUGUUUUUGGGGAUGCACUGGGAAAAACUGUGCAAUCUCCAGGACAUGGAGAUUCAGGAGAUUUGGUGA